AUGCUCUGCCCCCCGGGCUCAGAGCGCGAUUACGCUUUUAUCGUCGUCCCGGACAGCUGGACCUUUGUCGAUAGGCCCCCGGCGGCCGCCACCGCCUCGGCUUCCCCUCUCGCUACGCCCUUUAUGCGUCAGACCCUGUCCGCCUCCUCUACCUUCGAUUCCAUCCGUGCCGCCUUGUACUCCGUUGCCGCGCCGGCCUCGGCCCCGCCCACCCUCGACCUCGUCACGCCGCCGCCUAAGCGCUCCCACCCGGCCCUUGCCGAUACGCCAUGA